AGUUCUAUUAGGAUCCUAUUUGUUGUCUGGUGUGGAUAUAAUACCAGUCUGUGUCUGAGAUGGGGUCCAGAACUCUUCUACUUGUUCUGGGUCUUCAUUUCACUCUACUGGGGAACCUAGAGGCCAGAGAUUGCGGCCUGGGCUUCAUAUUCAAAACAAGAAAACAAUGUGAUGAUACAGAUGAGUGUAAAGAGUGGGACAGUACCCCAACCUGUGGAAGUAAUGCCAAGUGUUACAACACACCGGGGAGCUUCUACUGUCAGUGUCUACCUGGGUUCAAAUCCACAACGACUGUCAACUUCACCUUUUCUGGACAGUGUACUGUACUGAGCUGUAACCAGGUCAAAGCGGAUCAGACUCCUGAACAGAAUGUCCCAGGUUUAGCUGGUCUCCUGUCUCUGAUGAGGAAAAGCUGUCUGGCGUUAAGUAACUCUGGGGAAGCAGCCGGAGGGAGACUGACUGGAGAGGUGUUACUGGAGAACGUCUUGACAGAGAUAGACAGUCUCCUGUCUCAAGGUAUCCUAAGCAACAGCCGGGAGGUGAGUGGGUUGCUAGGCGCCGUGGAGGACACCUUGAUGCUCAUCGGGCCACAGCUCAGAGACACCCACACCACCAUGGAAACAGACCACACAGCUACUGAGCUUGCAGUGAGGAGGGGACAGACUCCGCCCAUUGGGCCAAUCAGCCUGGCCAAUGACAACGUGCGACUGGACACCAGCUGGGAGACAGCCACUGGCAACGGGACGUACCCAGGUUUCACUCUGGCUGGGUUGAUGUGUUACCAGACAGUGGAGACAUCUGUCAACAACUCCUUCCAGUACCUCACUGACACGGACACAAACAGAGACACAGCAACCGCCACAGCAUCAAAGCCUAACUACCAGAUCAGUUCCAAGGUGGUAACAGCCUUUGUCAGUAACCCAGCAACAGAACACCUCACCCAGCCUGUCAUCCUCACCUUCAGACAUCUACAGGUAUCAUUUGAUAAUAUAACAUAUCCUGCA